AAUGCCCUGGGACUCAGGUCUACCGCAAUUGUGCCAACGCCUGUCCAUACACCUGCUCCGAUCUGCGGCCAGAAGCUCAGUGCAUGCAAGAGGACUGCCAACCUGGAUGCAUUUGCCCACCUGGCCAGGUGAUGCAAGGCAUGCUGUGUGUCCCCGUGGAAGAGUGCCGGUGCGUGAUCGGCCAGGCGCCUGCUGUGCCCUGGGCUGCCAACUUAUCUGAGGAAGAGCGCACCCGGGAGCAUGGGCCUGGCAGUACUUUCCAACAUGAAUGCAACACCUGUGUCUGCCAGAGGGGCGUCUUCAUCUGCACCCAGGAGAUCUGUGAUGUGCCCUGUGUCUGGUCCGAGUGGUCUCCAUGGUCCUCCUGCCCCGUGACCUGCGGCUCCGGCAACCAGAUCUCCCAGCGCCACCCGACCCAGCCGCGCAUGUUCAAUGGGGCCGAAUGCCAGGGGCCAUCGGUACGCUGGGCACCGUGCACUCUCCCGGAUUGUGCCUGCCCAGAGGGGGAACACCGACAGCCCGCUGUUCCGUCGACUGCCUGUGAGCGCAGCUGCCGUCAGAUCUACGUGGAGCUUCCCCGAAAUUGCAGCUGGGGGCCGGUGCAGGGUGCCUGCAUGUGUCUGCCUGGGCACUACCGCAACAGCAGUGGACACUGCGUGGUGGCUGCCCUCUGCGAGUGUGAGGAGGGAGGCCAGGUGUACUUGAACCUGCAGUGCCCACGCGGUGAGACUGAGCCCGUGGUGCUGCCAGUUAUCCGUGGGUGCGAAUGUAGCAGCUGCCAAGGUGGCGACCUCUCCAAGCGUUGACCUCUCCUCUCCUCCACGGAUGUAACUUGGGAGUGAAACUGGGGUCCUUCCCCCCACCCCUCACUGCAAAUUCUCCUGCCUUAUAGUCUUUCUCUUCUUCAGUCUUUAAAUAAAGACUGCGUACUUGAGAGACCGCCUCCUGCCAAUUACCUCCCUGCAACCAAUUAGAUCACAUAGAUUAGGCC